AUGGUAUCCGAGGAUCAACUCCCGGUCCUCAAGGUCCUGAUCAUCGGUCCUUCUGGCGCCGGCAAGUCUGCAUACUGCGAUGACCAAUUCGACCCGGAGUCGAUGACGGCAACGAUCGGUAUCGAUUUUAAGAUGAAGAAACUUGCCGUGCAUGGCAAGGCAUACCGGCUGAACAUAUUCGAUACCGCUGGCCAAGAACGCUUCCGUACUCUGUCGACUAGCUACUACAGAGGCGCGCAUGCCGUUAUCCUGGUCUACGAUAUCACCAGCCGGAAGAGCUUUCUCAGCAUGGAGAAGUGGAUCGACGAGGCAAGAUCGAACGCAUCGCCGGAUGCCGUUCUUUAUUUGGUCGGAAGCAAGUUGGAUAAGAUAUCCGCAGGCGGCGGCGGGCGGGCCGUUACCGAGGAGGAAGGCAGGGCGUUCGCGGAAUCGCAGGGCGCCGGCUUCUGCGAAGUCAGCUCCAAGACGCGCGAGAACAUCCGCCGGCCGUUCGUCGAGGUCGUGGACCGGAUCGUUCAGAAACCGCAGCUCCUAGCCGCCGCCACGCCCGUGUCCAGCAACGCGGGGGGUAUAAAUCUAGGUCUAGGGUCCGACUACUCUUCCGCUUGUCCCUGCUAA